UCUUCGAUUUUGUUUUAGGCUUCCAGCUCUCUCAUUUGUCAUUGCUAUCAUAUAUAUGACUGCCUUCUCUUGUGUUCCCUUUUCAAUCUUAGAAAAUCCUUCUCUGCUAUAUUCAAGAAAUUUUCUCCUUUUUUCCCCCCCUCAUUGAUCAGCUAAGUUAUGGCGAGGACAGGAAACAAGAGUUUACAGGCCAAACUGGUACUUCUUGGGGAUAUGGGAGCAGGGAAGACAAGUUUGGUUCUUAGAUUUGUUAAAGGCCAAUUUUCCGAAUACCAGGAAUCAACAAUUGGAGCAGCAUUCUUCACUCAGGUUUUGUCCUUAAAUGAAGCCACUGUGAAAUUUGAUAUAUGGGACACAGCAGGGCAGGAACGAUACCACAGUUUGGCUCCUAUGUACUAUCGUGGUGCUGCUGCGGCUAUAGUUGUGUAUGACAUUACAAGCAUGGAUUCUUUUGUGCGAGCAAAGAAGUGGGUUCGAGAAGUGCAAAGACAAGCAAAUCCGAGUUUGACAAUGUUUUUGGUGGCUAACAAGGCUGAUUUGGAAAACGAGAGAAAAGUCAGAAACGAGGAGGGAGAGGAAUAUGCCAAAGAAAAUGGCCUGUCUUUUCUCGAAACUUCAGCAAAAACAGCACAGAAUGUCAAUGAACUCUUCUAUGAAAUAGCUAAGAGAUUGGCAAAAGCCAACCCUUCACGUCAAACUGGAAUCAAGCUGCAUAGCAGACCUCAAGAAACUAGGAGGAGACUGUUUUGUUGUGCUUAAUGGCAUGUUUUUAGUCUCAUCAUUUUGGAAGUAUUGUUAUUUAUAAUAUUGGCAUGUCUUUUGUACUCAAAUAAACCCGGAAACAUAAUUCACUACCCACUGCUCUAUGGGAAAUCGUAUCCACAUCAUCACUCUAUCCAUCAUGAGUUAAACUUGUUAACCAGUGGGAGCGAGAUACAUCCAGAAUCCAGGUCCAUUGUUGAUCUCUACCUACUUUCUCAGACAAGAAGAACAAACAUUUGUUCAGUGUACAUUUAAGAUCUCACACCCAAAGUUAAUUUUUACAUUUUUUCCUUUUUAACGCUUACAACUGGUUUCUGUAAAGACAUUAUCUAAGUACAAAAGUGUGGCUCUGUUGGUAACGCUUGGUGUUGGCGAAUUUUACAUUGUACGAGUUUUAUAAGAGUUAUGUUGUAGUAAAAAUAAUUAUAUAAUGUUAUAGAGAUUUAUUUUG